AUGGCCAUCAACCAUCCGGAUUUUGGACGCCAUCAAGCGACUGGUUCAGCACACCACCGACGGCAAAGCUCGAUGGAACCAGUACAUCCUAUCAGAGAGGACAUGCCAUUCCUGUACAAUCUCGUACUGCACAAAAUACAACGGGCUCAACCAGCAUCUUUGCAAGUGGCAGCAACCCCGGUUCCUACACGAGCUCCAGCGGAUAACGGCUCAGACACCAAUUCAGAGGAAUCUGAAACCGACACUUCGCCAUCAAGAACAACUAGAGAAACACCUUUAGCAAGAAGAAGUGCCCUCGAGGAGAUAGAGGACUGUCAAGAACCUUUCAACCGAGCUAAUCGACCGCAAGUCCUGGCAGCAACUGUCUGUUCCAUGGUUGCAUUUGGGGCCAACCGACGAGACAAUGCCCUUCAAAUACAAAACUCAGUUGUUUUCUCACCGUGCAGUCAGUUCCCUCGGCAGAGCUGCAGAGUUGAAGGUUAUCCGACAAAUGGCCAGCCGAAAAUCCCCGCUAGCCCCAAUCAUAUGCCUGGACAACCUGGACUUCGAGGAAACGUUACAGAAGGCAAUACAGGAUCGCAGAAUGAAGUCGAUCAUCUUCUUUCUUCAGACAAUGAUGCCAGCUUGCAUUUCCAAGCAGUCCUCAAAAGUCAAAUCACUAAAGUUUUACUAGACUACAUUGCCACUCCAGCUGAUAAGAAACAUAACCUACCAAAGUUUCCACCUCCGAUCGAUCCGAUAGCUGUCAAGAAGCCAGACAUUUCAAUGUUCAAAUUGAUGAUUGCCUCCGACAACUCCACUGACAGUGUCGGCGACGUCCUGGAAGGAUUCUUGCUUCAAACAAAACUGACCGCAGAACAGUUUUACACUUGA